AUGUCGUGCGAGAGAUGCGGUAUACUUAAGGCAGUCAUUGUUAGGCCAAGCGAUAAGAGUAAAGUUUGUAAGAUGUGUUUCUUUGAGGUUUUUGAGAAUGAGGUGCAUGAGACGGUGAUUUCGUCAAGUAUGUUCAGCAAGGGCGAGAAGGUGGGUGUUGGAGUAAGUGGAGGAAAGGACAGUACUGUGCUAGCAUAUGUCUUGGAUUUGUUGAACAAGAGACAUGAAUAUGGGGUAGAGUUUGUGCUGCUGAGUGUUGAUGAAGGAAUAGCAGGAUACAGAGACUAUUCAAUUGAAGCGGUGUAUAAGAAUUGUGAUGAUCUUGGGCUCAAACUUAAAAUUGUGUCCUUUUCAGAUAUAUUCGGUGUGACUAUGGAUAAGGUUGUUGAAAAAGUCGGAAGAAGAGGGAGCUGCACGUAUUGUGGAGUGUUUCGCAGAAAGGCGAUUGAGCAAGCAGCAAAAGAGAUGGGUGUUAAUGCAAUAGCCACAGGCCAUAAUGCAGAUGAUGUUGCAGAAACCGUUCUAUUGAAUAUUGUGCGAGGAGACAUAUCAAGGCUCAGGAGAUGCACUCUUGAAAAGACAAAUGCACAGGAUGAUGGUAAAGGAGGUGUUAUGUCUCUUCCGAGAAUAAAACCUUUCAAGAACUCUUAUCAGAAGGAGAUUGUGCUUUAUGCAUUUCACAAACAGCUCAGGUACUUUUCGUCUGAGUGUGUGUACUCUCCAGAAGCAUCCCGGGGAGACUUGAGGGAGCUGGUGAAGGAGCUGGAAAAGAUUGAUUCAAAAACAAUCCAUAAUAUUAUCCGAAGCGGAGAUAUGCUACAGUCAGAGAGAUUGAUAAAAUCCGAUCCAACGCCAUGUAGUAUCUGUUUACAUCCUACUUCAUCUGAAAAGAACAUAUGCAAUGGAUGUGAGUUUGUAAGAAAACUGAAAGAGAAUGGUAUCUGA